AUGAUGCGCUCAGUCACUGCGUCGCUGUGUUUUUACCGCUGUCAAGCCAGGGUGUUUUCGCCCCACAUCCUUCGCCCCUGUUCAACGUCCAACCAGAUCGAAAACAAACUCACCAUUGAUGCUCUCUACAACCUCUCAGUGGACAUCAGUAGAAUCCGUCAGCUAAAGAGCUGGGUGUUACACCAGAGCCCUGCCUACACCAAUGAGGCUGCAGCUUUGCUGAAGGACAUGGGGGCUAGUGGGCAGGUCGUCGCCCGGAUCCUGGAGCUGUACCCCGAGGCGAUCCUGUGCCGUCCGGAAGAGAUGCAGGCGCAGAAGGAACUCUGGUUGUCCGUGUGCCCCAGCGAGAAAGACCUCGUUGGCAUCAUUGAGAAAUUCCCCGCCUCGUUCUUCACAGCCUCCUCCCAUCAUGCCAAUCAGAGGGCCAACAUACUGUACUUCCAGACCUUGCAUCUGAACAGACGCAUCAUCAGCAAGCUCAUGGCCAGUGCUCCGCAAAGCUUCCGUAGACCGGUCAGCCAGAACGAAGAGAUGGUCCAGACGCUCCAGAGGGCGUAUCUUGACCUCGGAGGAAAUGAGGACAACAUGAAGAUCUGGCUUCAGAAGCUCCUAAGUCAAAACCCUUACGUGCUUCUGAAACCCCCCGAGGCAAUGCGCGAGAACCUCAUGUUCCUCAAAGACAGAGGCUUCACCAGCUCUGAACUCCUACAGCUGCUGUCCAAACUGAGAGGCUUUGUCACAGAAUUGAAUCCUCAGGCUAUGACGCUCACCUUGGCUUACUCCAAAGAGACACUAGGUUGUUCCGAUGCUGAACUUAGGGCCAUUGUCCUCAAGUGCCCGGCCCUGCUCUAUUACUCAGUGCCCAUCUUGGCUGACAGAUUCAAAGGACUCCUCAGUGCUGGCGUCAGCAUAAAUCAGAUACUGGAGACUCCGACAGUACUGGAACUGACCACGCAGAUAGUUCAUUACCGUAUUCAGAAAUUGCGUUCUUAUGGUUAUGAUAUAAGGACAGGCAGUCUUGAGGUCCUCAAUGGUACCAAGAAGGACUUUGAGAUGAGCUAUGGCAAACUGCAGCUGAGGCGAGAGAGACCGCUCUUUAACCCAGUGGCCCCGCUGAGGGCCGCUGAGGACUGA